AUGUGGACGGGUUUCAUGUUCAUUAUGAUGAUCAAAAUUUUGGGCGAUGAGGUGGAUAGCAAUGUCACUGUUGAACUGACAGCACCUAUCAAAUGUGAUCUCCACAUCAAGACUAAAGACAACGGCAAUGUGAAGAUCCAGAAAAUGGAGAGUGACCUCUGCCAUGUUCACACAGAGAGAGGGCACUGUGUCCUAAAGUCUGUCAAGGGUCAUGAGGUUCAAGUUCAGUCCACAGGAGGAAAUGUCACUGGACUUCAGACCAUUCAUGGGAAUGUUAAUAUCAGCACAUCUUUGGACAGUAAUGUCGAUAUUAAGAAAAUUCAGGGAACCACCAUGAAUCUCUUCACAGAACACGGGGAUCUGAAAGUGAAGGCCAUUUAUGGUGAAUCCACCUCAGUGUCCACUUCCUCCGGGAACAUCCAGAUUGGCCAUGUACACGGUGAAGCUCUUGUACGAAGUAAAACAGGAAAUAUUUUCAUUGACAGCUCAAGUGGUGCCCUGAAGGUGUUUACUGCUGCUGGAACCAUUGAUGCAUAUGUGGGUCAAGAUGGAAGCGCAGAACUUCACAGUCAACAAGGUGCUGUGAGUGUGCGUGUGCCGUUCACUAUGAAAGCAGCAGUGCACUUGUCUGAAACCUCUGUUAGCAUUAGCUCAGAGAUAGUUAGCUCAUGUCAAGAGACUGAACGAACUUCAGCUGAUGGGAAGACAACAGUCACAGCUCAUUUGAAUGGUGGCACACAUGAAGAACAAUGGAUCAAAGCCACUGCUGAAAAAGGUGCUGUGAACCUGAGAACCCAGAGCUGGUUUGAGACCCUCAGACUCGGAGCUCAGAGUUAAAACCUGCACAGAAGCGCCUGGGGCCAACUACAGAACUGACAGAACCUCGCUGCUGGUUUUAGACAGGAGAUUUAUACUGGAACAGCUUGGGAGACGUUACAGUAUAUCAGAUUAGUUGAUAAACAGAAUGCAUUGAAACAACUGUACAAAAGAAUGAAAUAAACCAUACAAUUUUAAAGCACUUUUUAAUUUUGGUAAAAGCUUCU